AGUCUUGAAUCAUCAUCCAACGAUUCCGAUUGAUUAACUGCACCAACGCGUUAACUCCCUCACUGCACCGAAUCCUCACAGUCAUGACAAUCUCGCUCGUCAAAGCCAAAUAUCUUGGUUCUGCCGCAUUUGGAGUUAUUUCACAUGACCACCGUUCCAUUUAACCACCACCGCCACCACCACCCACGUGACCGUGGGGCCCAGGCCCAGUGGCCCACAACCAAAGCCUCCUUCUUCUCGCUUCAAUCUUUCUUCGUCCAUGGCUGAAGCGGAGCCUUCUCGGGUGCUCCGGAGCCUCACCCGAACCGCGGCCCAAAUCACCAACCUCUCCGCCUUCAGGCCCGUCGUCAAGGCCCAAUGCUGCGACCUCGCUCGCCGAAUAAGGUUCCUUGCCCCGCUCUUCCACGAGCUGCAAGACGACGUCGUGUUGGCCCGCGCGGUUUCCUCUCACGCUCUCGCGUCUCUCGAAGAUGCUCUCUUCAGGGCCAGGGAACUGCUCCAAUUCGCCGCUUGCGGAAGCCAGGUUUUCAUGGUGCUGGAUAGGGAACAGCUUAAGUACAAGUUCACUGAUGUUGCUGUGCGUUUUGAGCAUGCUAUAAGCAGGAUCUCAAUUGACGAGCUUGAUGUUUCUGAAGAAAUUAAGGAGCAGGUUGCUCUUGUGACCAUUCAGUUUAGAAGAGCCAAAGAGCAGUUUGAUCCACCGGGUCUUCAGCUUUAUGAGCACCUGUUGUCUGUUUACAACCAGAGCUAUGAUGUAAAUGCUGAAACUGCUGAGCUUCAGUUAAUCUGUGAAAAUCUACAAUUUCUCAAUGUGGAUGACAUCAAGCAAGAGUCACUCGCUCUACAAAAGAUGGUUGUAGACAGGGGUGGUCAUUCUCAGAAAAGCAUACGGGAUAUGUCAUUAAUAGUGCUGAAAAAAAUCCAAGAUUUCUUGGUGAUGGAAUGUGGAAACAAUACUGUGUCACUAAAUGAGGAUUUCUUUUGUCAUACUAAUGAGUCUUAUGUGAAACUAUGUUCACAAUCACUGGUUAUACCCGAUGAGUUUCGCUGCCCAAUCUCUCUAGAGCUAAUGAAAGAUCCUGUUAUCAUUUGCACAGGGCAGACAUAUGACCGAUCUUGCAUAAAGAAAUGGCUUGAAGCAGGGCAUGGAACAUGUCCCAAGACUCAACAGAUUCUUUCCAGCCCCAUCCUCAUACCCAACCAUGCUUUAUAUGGCUUGAUAUCAGGUUGGUGUGAGGAAAAUGGAGUGGAACCACCUAAAAGGUUAGGAAAUUUAUGGCUUAGUAUGACAACAUCAGAUGGCUCUUCUGAAUUAGUAGAUCUCGAUAUCUUAGUGAGCAGACUUUCUUCCAGUGAUACUGAGGAUCGACAAUGUGCAGCAGGGGAGCUCCGACUUCUUGCCAAGCAAAAUGGUCAAAAUCGAAUUCUGAUUGCUGAAGCUGGUGCCAUUCCCCACCUUGUUGCUCUCCUCUAUGCAGCUGAUGCUGGCACCCAAGAGCAUGCAGUUACUGCUCUUCUGAACUUGUCUAUCUUUGCAGAUAAUAAAGAGCGCAUCAUGGCUUCUUCGGCUGUGCCAGGCAUCCUCUACGUGCUAGAAAAUGGUAGUAUGGAAGCUCGGGAAAAUGCAGCAGCCACCUUUUUCAGCCUCUCUGGGGUGGAUGAGAACAGAGCGGCAAUUGGUGCAUCUGGAGCAAUCCAGGCAUUAGUUACUCUAUUCUGUGAGGGAAGUCAAAGGGGGAAGGUGGAUGCAGCAAAAGCGCUAUUCAAUCUAUGUUUAUCUCAAGGGAACAAAGGACGGGCAAUUAGGGCUGGUAUUGUGCCUAAGUUGAUAGAAAUGCUAACAGAACCUGCUGGGGAGAUGAGGGACGAGGCAUUGGCAAUAAUGGCUGUAGUAGUUAGCCAUCCUGAUGGAAAAGCAGCAAUUGGAUCUAUGAAUGUUGUGUCCACUUUGGUGGAAUUAAUUAGUAAUGGACCUCCUAGGAACAAAGAAAAUGCAACUUCAGUGUUGGUGCUCCUCUGUAACGGAGAUCCUCUACUAUUGUCAAUUGUCAGUUCACUUGGGGUGAUUAAUCCUCUCUUGGACCUGGCAGAAAAUGGUUCAGAAAGGGCUAAGCGGAAAGCUGCCCAACUACUUGAGUUGAUAGGAAACCAUUGUGAAUAUACUAGGAAAACUGCCAACUAGAUUUUAGGUGCAUCUGUUGCUAUUUUAAGUUACAGCAGCUGGCAUAGAUAGUGAUUAAAGAUGAUAUAUACAAUAGGUUACUAGUAUAGGAUCCCCAAUAUUUCCUUCUCAUUUUUUGUUUAGAGGAAAUUUCCAUUUAGUUGAAUUGAAUCACUUGUGUUGCAAAGCUGUCGAGUAUUAAGGUGGCUGUUCAACACACAGUUGAAGUACAGAUAUUUGUUAUCAGAAGAACAAAAAUUGUGUACAUUUUCAUCUCAAACUUCGACCGGCAUUUCUUUUUUGCAAUGAAAUGUCUUUAACAGUUGCUUA